GGUGACGGCGUGGACUCGCGCCGCUCGGAAAGUCAGGAGCGACUAAACACACAGGACGGGCCGCUUUUAACCGGAGUCCGAGACCUUGGCCUGACGGUGAACUCGAUAUUCGACAGGCUCGAUACAUGUUUUAGUCGACACCACUGACUUUCGACGACGUCGUGACUUUGUUUUUACCCGGGUCGGAAAGCGGUCUCCUCCGCAUGGGCUCCCUACUCUCAACGAAAAUGAACUCACUGGACCGCGCAGAAAUCGGCGAUAUUAGUUGACCGCAAUGGAGCCGGACCUUUCUUUGGCGUCUGGAAGCGGCGAGGGUCCGUCGUCGUCGUCGUCGUCGUCGGGUUCACACACCUUGUCCGGGAGUGAAGAAGUGACGGCCGGGCUGGACAUGAACGUUUCCGGGGAUGGAGGAGACGGUCGCGAUUCGGACUCGGACGAAAGCGUCGGCGAGGUGGAGGACGGCAGAAACACGGCGCAGGGGACGCCGGGGGAUGAAGAGGGGGAAGAAGACGAAAAGUUGGACAACAUCCUCUACCCUCCCUCCAUGUCCCUCAGGAAGUCCAGUAACCCAGAGUUGACUCAGGGAUUAAGUCCUGCUCUCAAAUUUAAAGUACAUCUCAGUGAGGAUGGAAAACACGUCAGAAGAAGGAGCCUAGGGGGUGGUCUCACAGGAAAGUACCUUCUGCUCCCCACCAACCCCCAGCAGACACAGACAGCAUGGCACCCGUCAUCUGAGAUCUCCAACCUGGUCCGCAUGUGUUCCCUGAAUAUCGGAAAGUCGGACCCCUCCCUCACCUCCAGCCUGAAAGAGCUGAGUCUUCCCAGAAGAGGCAGUUUCUGCAGAACGAGCAACAGAAAAAGCCUGAUAGGAAGCGGUCAGACUUCAGGUUUACCACGACCUCACUCCCCUCUCUCAUCUCUAACAGGAACAAGCCCACAAGACAGUCCUAGAAAUUUCUCUCCUAGUGCCUCUGCUCAUUUCUCCUUUGCACGAAGGACUGAUGGUCGCCGCUGGUCGUUGGCCUCCCUUCCCUCCUCUGGAUAUGGAACCAACACGCCCAGCUCCACCGUCUCUUCAUCCUGUUCAUCACAGGAGAAGCUGCACCAGCUGCCCUUCCAGCCUACGCCUGAUGAACUGCACUUCCUCUCCAAGCACUUCUGCACUGAGAGCAUCUCCGGGGAUGAAUGCCGCAGAGCGACGGCCAUGCGACCCCGCUCACGCAGUCUCAGCCCUGGAAGAUCUCCAUCAUGCUACGACCAUGAGAUUAUCAUGAUGAAUCAUGUCUACAAGGAGCGGUUUCCUAAGGCCACGGCUCAGAUGGAGGAAAGGAUUCGGGAGAUCAUCCGCAGCAGCUCUCCGGAGAGUGUGCUCCCUUUGGCAGAUGGUGUGCUCAGCUUUGCCCACCACCAGAUAAUUGAACUGGCCCGUGACUGUCUGGAGAAGAGCCGGCUAGGACUCAUCACCUCCAGCUACUUCUGCGAACUCACUGACAAGCUGGAGAGGCUUGUUCAGGAGUCCACAGAGAGAUCAGAAAGCGAGGAGGUGAACUUCAUCAGAGAGCUGGUGAAGAAGAUCCUCAUCGUCAUUGCCCGACCUGCUCGGCUGCUGGAAUGUCUGGAGUUUGACCCAGAGGAAUUUUACCACCUUUUGGAGGCCGCUGAAGGACACGCUAAAGAGGGCCAGGGCAUCAAAACAGACAUCCCACGUUACAUCAUCAGCCAGCUGGGACUCACAAGAGAUCCUCUGGAAGAAAUUGCUCAGCUGACCAGCUGUGACAGCGGGAUUGCAGAAACCCCAGAAACGGAUGACUCUUCUCAGAGCCUGAGCACAGCCUUACGGUCCCGGCGAAAACCCUGCGAAUUGGACUUUGAGAUGACAAAACUCAUCAGCAAUGGUGCCUAUGGAGCCGUUUAUCUGGUUCGGCACAAGGAAACUAAGCAGCGAUUUGCCAUGAAGAAGAUCAACAAGCAGAACCUGAUUUUGAGGAACCAGAUACAACAGGCCUUUGUGGAGAGAGACAUCCUCACCUUUGCUGAGAACCCUUUUGUGGUGUCCAUGUACUGCUCCUUUGAGACUCGGCGGCACCUGUGUAUGGUUAUGGAAUAUGUUGAAGGGGGGGACUGUGCCACCCUAUUGAAGAACAUGGGUCCUCUGCCUGUGGAUAUGGCCAGGAUGUACUUUGCAGAGACAGUACUCGCUCUGGAGUAUCUCCACAACUACGGCAUUGUCCACAGGGACCUCAAACCAGACAAUUUAUUGGUUACAUCAAUGGGGCACAUCAAGCUCACAGAUUUUGGGUUGUCCAAAGUUGGGCUGAUGAACAUGACCACUAACCUGUAUGAGGGACAUAUAGAGAAAGAUGCCAGAGAAUUCUCCGACAAGCAGGUAUGUGGAACCCCUGAGUACAUUGCUCCAGAGGUGAUCCUGAGACAAGGUUACGGGAAGCCGGUGGACUGGUGGGCAAUGGGCAUCAUCCUCUAUGAGUUCCUCGUGGGCUGUGUGCCUUUUUUUGGAGACACACCAGAGGAGCUGUUCGGACAGGUCAUCAGCGACGAGAUCAACUGGCCUGAGGGAGAGGAUGCCCCACCUCCUGACGCUCAGGAGCUCAUCACGGUGCUGCUCAGACAGAAUCCUCUGGAAAGGAUGGGCGCAGGCGGGGCUGCUGAAGUAAAGCAGCAUCAGUUUUUCCACAACCUGGACUGGAAUGGGCUGCUGAGGCAGAAGGCUGAGUUCAUUCCUCAGCUAGAGUCUGAAGAUGACACCAGCUAUUUUGACACUCGCUCUGAGAGAUACCAUCACCUGGAGACAGAGGAGGAGGACACGAAUGACGAAGACUUCAAUGUGGAGCUGCGACAGUUCUCCUCUUGUUCUCACAGAUUCUCCAAGGUAUACAGCAGCCUGGACUUGUCUCGUGGGCACCUGGAGGAGAAAGGAGAGACGGAGGAGAAGAAGACUGAGAGCCCACUGACUGUGGACUCCCUCAGCUGGACGCCUGACUUUGCUGAAAUGCCCUCGUUGUCCCAUUCGACAGACACAGACAGUAUGAAUCAGGGCCCCCGUCCCAACUUGCUACCGAAGUUUGCCAUCUCAGCUGAGAGCGAAGGGGACGAGACCUCAGGCCUCGGUGACCCCAGCAAGGCUUCCUUCUCCAUCGGGGAGCUCCCGCAGGAUGAGCCUGAUGCCACCACUCCAGGCAGCACCCACAGCGGAGCCACGCUCUCUGGAAGUUUCUCAGAACAUCUGGACCAGUUGACACCCAGAGGUGAAGGGGUGGAGAGCCCCGACAGUAGCAGCCAUACCUCUGCAGACCAGGGUGCUCAGACCGCCUCUCUGCGGCCUGAGAGUGCUGCAGAGAAGACCGGAGCUGUGGCAAAAGUCCCAAAGUCUGUGUCAACUGGUGCCCUCUCCCUCAUGAUCCCUGGGGAUAUCUUCGGGGUGUCUCCGCUGGCCAGCCCCCUAUCUCCAUACUCCCUCUCCUCAGACCCUUCCUCCCGAGACUCCUCUCCAAGCCGAGACUCCUCCCUGUGCACCGCCAGCCCACGGCAGCCUGUCAUCAUCCACAGCUCUGGCAAGAAGUUUGGCUUCACACUGAGGGCAAUCCGGGUGUACGCUUGUGACGGGGACAUCUACACUGUCUAUCACAUGGUCUGGAAUGUGGAAGACGGCGGGCCUGCGCAAAAAGCAGGACUCAAAGCUGGAGACCUCAUUACUCACGUCAACGGAGAACCAGUCCACGGUCUUGUCCACACUGAAGUGGUGGAGCUCCUGCUCAAGAGUGGUAGCAAAGUGACCAUCUCCACAACCCCCUUUGAGAAUACUUCAAUAAAAACCGGUCCAGCCAGGAGGAAUAGCUACAGGAGCAAGAUGGUGAGAUGCGCCAAAAAGCCCAAGAAGGAGAAGACACCAGAAAGGCGACGCUCCCUUUUCAGGCGUUUCGCCAUGCAGCCCUCUCCUCUCCUGCACACAAGCCGCAGUUUCUCCUCUCUCAAUCACUCUCUGUCAUCUGGUGAGAGUCUCCCUGGCUCCCCCACCCACAGUCUCUCCCCUCGUUCCCCGACCGCCGCCUUCCGCCCCGCACCAGAUUUCACCCAGUCAGGUGGCAACUCCUCCCAGAGCAGCUCUCCCAGCUCCAGCGCUCCAAACUCCCCUGCAGGCUCAGGCCACAUUCGUCCCAGCACUCUCCACGGCCUCGGCCCCAAGCUGCCAGGUCAAAGGCUUCGUCAGGGGCGCCGCAAGUCUGCUGGUAGCAUUCCCCUUUCUCCUUUGGCUCGCACACCUUCACCCACCCCCCAGCCAACAUCUCCUCAGCGCUCCCCCUCCCCUCUUCUUAGUGGUCAUUCUGUUGCCAUUUCCAAGACAGCCCAAGCCUUCCCAGCCAAAAUCCAUUCCCCACCGACAAUUGUUCGCCAUAUUGUACGCCCCAAAAGUGCUGAGCCACCUCGGUCACCCCUCCUAAAACGAGUCCAGUCUGAGGAGAAGCUGUCGCCCUCUUACACAGGAGAUAAGAAGCACCUGUGUCCCAGAAAACACAGCUUGGAAGUGACCCAAGAAGAGGUGCAGGAUGAGGAGCUCAGGUCUGGGGAGCGGGAAUACACCAUCCUGCAGAGCGUGGAAGAAACAGCCUGCGAGCCCCUGGCAAUCAACCGUCUACGACCUGUCGAGCAGGGCUGCUUAAAGAGGCCCAUCAGUCGCAAGAUGAGCCGACAGGAGUCUGUUGAGGAGCUCGACAAGGAGAAAUUGAAGUCCAAGAUAGUUGUGAAGAGACAGGACUGGUCAGAGAGGAGGGAGUCUCUACAGAAGCAAGAUGCCCUGCGAGAAUCUGACUCAUCCCCCUUGUGUGGUGAUGACAGGGAUGAAAGUUUUAUGGUCAGAGGCCAAAACAAGUCCCAGAGCAGCCCAGAAUCUUGCCCUCUGGAGGCCAAAGCUGCCAGCACCACCCUUAAAGAUGUUCUGUAUAAGAAACUCACAACACGAGUCUCUGAGGCCAUCACUGAAUCAUCCGUUGGCGGCAGUGAAAACGAAGGAGGACUCCGAACUACUCUCUGCUCUAUUCACCCAGAGCGGCAGCACUCCAGGCAGGGUAAAGACAACAUGAAGCCAGACAGACUGGACUUCAAAGCUCCCAACAUUGAGUUCACCAGGAAGAGGUUGUCAUUCGAAGAACGAGAGGAUUGCAUGUGUCGCCUUACUUCUGGCAUCCAUGAGAACCUCCACUUUGGCUCCACCAGGUCUAAGAGCCUCCAGCUCGACACAGCCAUACCUCUUGACCACAUGAAGGCAGGACUGGGAAGCGUUCACUCCAGCCCCGAAGGUCUGGCCCCCAAGCUCUUCUCCGGGAGAGGAGAGAGCGCUGUGGAAAAACUGCAGCUCAUCUCCUCAGCAGAGUCUCCCCUUCGAAAGACAUCAUCUGAAUAUAAACUUGAAGGACGCCAUGUUUCCUCUCUCAAACCUCUGGAGGGCACCCUGGAUAUUGGCCUGCUCUCAGGGCCCAGAGUCUCCAAAACAGAAACUUGUUUAUCCAAGAUGACGGAGAACACAAGCGACUCUGUUUCUGUGAGUCCUCCAAUUUGGCUUCAGAGCCCUACUGAGAGACAGAUAACUAUCUCCCAGUUGAAAACUACAGACAAGCUGAGGAGCCCCCUGACUUGUUCCCCGAGACCUGAAGCUGUUUCUUCUCUAAAUAGCAUAGUUGUCUCCAGAGAGCAGUCAAACAAUACAAACACGGAAAUGAAAAUCACUACAAGUGUUGAGAAAACACAGGAUAGACAUAGUGAAUCAUUAAAGGCCCCAACCGCCAAAGUGGAGGCCUCAACUUUUACUAUUAAACAAGAGAGCAGGACUGGUAUGAAGGCCAGUUCAUCACUGGCUCAUGAACAUAGAGGCCCCAGACACAGCUCCCACUUCUCCUCCUGUGGAAAAACACCCUCCAUAAGGGAAGUCAGCAAUGAAGAUCAGGAGGAUGAAGUGGAGCAGCAGGAAGUCACACCACCAAGUACUGCCAGCUCCAAGACAGUAGUCUCUUUCACUUCACCAAAGCAGGAGGUAGACAUAAAAAGUCCCCCUGCACCUCUGGCUGCAGCUGCCAAUGACGCAUUACCCGUGUCACUGAAGCAGAGUAUAAACUCUGGUUUGGAUACAGGUCAGCUUCAGAGCUGUGAGAAAAAACCAGCUACUGCACAGAACUCAAACAUGACCUCUGUCUCGAAGGGGAAUGUGCAGAACAACUCGGCAUCUGCCCACGUUCCAGAGAAUGUGCUUUCAAAACAGCAAUCGCUGAACAUCUGCUCUUCAAAUACGAAACCGCAGGUUUCUGUCACGACAUCGGCAUCUGGUUCUGUACAUGAAAAAUCCCGCAGUUCAAAAUCAGAAGAUCUGGACCCCUCUGACAGAUCAGUCAGUAAGUACGGCGUACAAUCAAACAGGUCAGCUGGGAAAGUGGUCAGUGAUACCAGCAGCUCAGGCUCUAAGAAGGAAAUCAACUCAUGCGCCACAGUUGCAAAAGUGGAGGCGAACCCAAAAGUGGAGCAGAAGAGAGACGUUGCUAAAGUAAACAUGGGCACCUCAUCAAAAAAUGUUGCUGAAGUCACACUGAAUAUAAACAAAAAGGACAACACUGUGUCUGCUGGUAAAAUAGAAAGCAGUAGCAUAUCGGUGCAGAAGAAGGAAGAUCCCAUAUCACCAAAGAAGAAGAAUAAUGGCAACGUGAGAGAUGCAGAACAGCUGUCAAAAAACUGUCCAGCUGAAAAAGCACAACACAAAGCAUCGGAGGCAGAACACUGCACCUCUAAAAAAGAAGAAACUGUUAUCAGUGUGAAAGAAAGCACCACAGUCCUUUCAAAGAAACAGAAAAUUUCUGCUUCAGCAACUGCAAAUGAAAAUGUUUUGAGUCCCAAAGGUAAGUCAAAGCCUGACCCACAACCUGUGCCACACAGUGCCCUGAAGGCGGAGAAGGAGACGAGGCCGCCUGAAGUGAAAUCUAAUAGCGCAGCUCCUCCUGUCUCAGUACUUAAGGGCAGUCCCAAUUCAAAACAGAGAGAUCUGUCUAAAGAAUCUGCGCUCUCAACUUCAAACCUUAAAGUAACCCAUGACGCUAAACGGAAAGAAACCUCGUUGUCAUCCGCUGGAGCUGACGUAAAACGGGAGGAAGCGGUGCAGCUGACACAUUCUUCCACUCCUGCUGAUGUGAAGCAAAGACAAACCCAGCCCAAAAGCUCUGUAGCAACCGCAGCUCAUAUAGUAAAAGAAAACAGCGACUCAAAGCCAAAAUCCCUCCCUCCCAAAUCUGUCCCUUCAUCGUCGGCUCUAAAGACAUCCGUAGCUCCAACUCCAGUUAUUAAACAAAGUCUUGAUGCCAAACAUAAAGACCCCUCAUCCAAAAACCAAGCCCAAGUCGUUAGAGACCAUCAAGACUCAAAACCAAAAGACAUUAACUCACCUCAUACUGCACCUUCACAUCAGCCGCAGCAGGUCAGGAAGGAGCCUCUGCCACCGUCAGAUCUUUCCCCUCAGCCUGAUCCACCACCAGUGCUGCCAAAAUCUCCAGAGCAAAAAGAAACGCCCUCGCCAAGCACUGGAACCAUCUCGGCCAGGGUCUCCGCCUGUGCACCCCAGGACACUGUAGUCAAGUUAUCCAAGCAAGGCCCCAAGCCUGAAACGCUCAAACCGGACAGUCACAAGGGCCCAGAUACCAGAAUCACCAUCCCUGACAAACAGGUGUCCUCUGGCCGGAAGGAGCAGGCUGAGAGGAAGAAAAAGGAAACGGCUCCAGACGCCACGUCUGUACAGAAAAACACAAAAAGAGACGCAUCAAGAGCUGCUCCCGCGGUGCAGAAAGACAGUUCAGACAAAGACGGUGGCAGGUGCAAGCAGCAGAAGGAGUCGCCACGUAGUUCCAGUAACAAAAAGUAAAGUGGGAAGAGAAAAUAGCAGCUGACGUUAUCACUUCACAUAAUCCAGAUGUAAUGAAAUGUUUGCAAUGGUCAUCAUGCCUUCUUUUUUUUUUUUUUUUUUUUUGUUUUUUUUGUUUGAGGACCGGGCAACCUGUUACAUGCUGAUAGAGACGUGCGUGUGCGUGUGUGUGUGCGUGUGCGUGUGUGCGUGUGGGGGUUUAACAAGAAGAAAUAUGACGACAAAAGUAAAUGUUUCUAGGUCUGAAUGUAGGCAAUCACCUGUUGAUGAUUUCUUUAGUGAUUUACUUUUUUAAGUGAAUGUUUGGAAGUUUUGUUUCUGUUUAUCGCAGAAUGCUUUGUGCAAUCAGUAUGUGAGGGGCAAAAGGGAAGAGCCUUACAAAGGCUGUGAUGUACUGUAGAGUCAGUGCCAUAGACGAUGUUGAAUUGCACUCUUACUUCUCGACUCGAAGGACCUGAAGUUGAAGUCUUUUAAUGCAGUAGACCACACAGUUUUUGCUCUGCAGUUUAGCAGAUGGAUCACAUGUUUCUGUUCAGUAUAAUCGGAUUCUAUUGAAGUUGGGUUUUGUGCAGUGGUACACAGAGGGAAUGCACUUUGUCCUGUGCUUUUCACCUUAAACUUAAAAAAAAA